CCCGGCAGGGCGCACGCCUUUGUCAGCCGGGCCGGGCCGAGCCGAGCCGAGCCGUGCCGGGACUACAUCGCCCAGCGUGCCCCGCUGCGCCCUGAUCAAUGGACCUUAUUUGAAUAAUCUGUGAGCCCUUGGACUCAGGCCAAUCAGCUGUCAGGGACCCAUGAUAAAUCGCAAUGCAUUAUUGAUAAUCAUAAUUACUCUGACAUGCGCAUUCCGCCCAAUGGGGGUAAUUUCCCAACUCUAGGAAUUUGUUGUGAAGAGGAAAAAUAAUUGCUACUAUUUUGCUCCCGAUGCUGGUGCACCAUGUCGCGACGGAAGCAGGCGAAGCCCCAGCACAUCAACUCCGAGGAGCAGCCCCCAGAUGCUGCAAGUGGGAGUCCACAAGACGUCCCAGGUGACGGAGAUGGUGAAAUGAGUUCCAAAAGGUGCCGAACAGAGGAAACUAAAAUCUGUGAGAAAUGCUGUGCAGAAUUCUUUGAUCUCUCUGAAUUCCUUGAGCAUAAGAAAAAUUGCACUAAAAAUCCACCUGUCCUAAUCAUGAAUGAUAGUGAGGGAGCAGUACCUCCUGAAAGCUUCUCUGAAGCUUCUGUAGGGAGCUUCCCAAGUGACCGAAUGGAUAGCAGGACACGCAAGGACACUCAGGCAAAGGGCUGCACUGGCUCUACGGAAAAGAGAGAAGGAAAAAUGGAUGCUGAAUCGGUAGGAGGAAUGUACCUUAAAAUAGAACCCCCUGCUGCGCCUGCGACUCCUGGGCUAAGCUAUCUACCAAAAUCCAAAGUACCAAACACUAAUGUGACUUUGCAGACGAUACGUGGCACUAAAGUGGCUGUGAACCAGCGUACCUCCGAUGCCAUCUCUUCUUCAGCAGCCAGUUUUAAUGCUAUUCCGAUGAUCCUGGAGCAGCUUGUGUGUUUGCAGCAGCAGCAGCUCCAGCAAAUCCAGCUGACGGAGCAAAUUCGCAUUCAGAUUGCCAUGAUGGCUCCCCAUGCCCUGCAUCCUUCUAUAGCUGCUGCUGCUGAUCCGCUGAAAGCUCUGGGUGCUCACAUGUCUCAGCAGCUGUCGGCUGCUGUUGCUUUAAUCGGACAAAAAGCUGGAAGCCAGAGCCUAUCACUGGAAUCCUUGAAGCAAGGAAAACUACCUCAUUCUAACACUGGCGUUGCGGCUGCUGGUUCGCUAGCUGCCGGGCUUUCCUCCUCCUUCCCCUUGAAGCCGGAGGCAAGCAGAAGCUUCCCUGGCUCUAUUUCUCGGUUCCCGAAUCCUUUGCUACCUCAGUCCUCCCACUCCGUCAUCUUCCAAAAUCCGCUUUCGGCUGUUUCUUCUGUAAUAGAUUCCUCAAAGAGGGUGAAGGGGAAACCUCCCAAUAUUUGCGUGUCCGAAAGCAAAUCGAAUGCAGAAGAGCCGUUCUUCAAACACAAGUGUAAAUUCUGCGGCAAGGUCUUUGGCAAUGACAGUGCCCUGCAGAUUCACCUCCGUUCCCACACCGGUGAGAGACCCUACAAGUGUAACAUUUGUGGCAACCGCUUUACAACCAAAGGAAACCUUAAAGUGCAUUUUCAGCGUCACAAAGACAAAUAUCCCCACAUAAAGAUGAAUCCGUACCCAGUUCCUGAGCACCUGGACAAUGUUCCCACUAGCAGCGGAAUCCCUUAUGGGAUGUCUGUGCCACUGGAUGAGUCCAACCUAAUUGUGGAUAGCAAACCUCUCCUAACAACCCUGCCUACCUCUGCGGCCACCAGCACACCUCAGAAUGUGUCCAACCUAGCAGGCAUCAAGGAGUCCCUGCCCAGUACGUUCUCUGGUGACCUGCAGUCAAGGCCUUCUCCAGAAAGUGAAGGUGGCUCUUCCUCAUCAGGGGCAGUCGGUCACGAAUCAGGAACAGAGCAGAGCUUGAGUUCACCACAAGCUGCCUGCAGCACGAGCAUCUUCAAUGCUGGUGGGUCCAACGAGCAAGGCUCUGAAACAUCAAAGCUUCAGCAGCUGGUUGAAAACAUUGACAAAUCCACUGCUGACCCCAAUGAGUGUCUGAUCUGUCACAGAGUGCUAAGCUGUCAGAGCUCCCUCAAAAUGCAUUAUCGUACUCACACUGGAGAGAGGCCGUUCAAGUGUAAGAUCUGUGGUCGUGCCUUCUCCACUAAAGGGAACCUUAAAACUCACUAUGGUGUCCACCGAGCCAAUACUCCUCUGAAGAUGCAACAUUCAUGUCCUAUUUGCCAGAAGAAGUUUACAAACGCAGUUGUGCUGCAGCAGCACAUCCGCAUGCAUAUGGGGGGACAGAUACCUAAUACACCCAUACCCGAAAACACCUCUGACAACACUGAUGUGGAUCCUGCUGCAGCUGAGAAGAACGGAGACAUCAGCCGCCCAGAUGAGAACGUGGAGAACAUAGAGAUGGAAGAGGACCUGGAGUCUCAGGAUGGCCCUAGGAGUUCCUCAAAACCUCCUACUCCAUAUGAUGCACAAUCAGAAUCUCCAGCCACGGCAUCUGGCUUCUCUGGUAUUGCAGCACUGGAGAAUCAAAUGAAGAUUGUCAGCUCUGCUUUGAACUUGCAACGGCAAAGCAGCGUGAAGUCCAGCGACAAUGGUUCCGCAGAAAGUGAUGGCAUGACAAAUGAUUCAUCUUCUGUGGCAGGAGAUCCAGAUUACCAGAACGGCAGGAGUCCUGCUGCCUCUGAGUCUGCAUCCAUCCAGGCUUUGUCCCCAGCCAACAGCCAAGCCGAGAGUGUGAGGUCGAAGUCACCUAGCUUCAACAGUCAGGAAGACGCAGGCACAGGAAAUAAAUCAGAGGGUCCUGAGAAUGCUUCAGGAGAAAUGGAAGGAGUUGUUGCUUUGGAUUUAACUUACGGCAAUAUUGGUCGGAAGGUCAUUAAAGAAGAACCUGGCUUACACUUUGCAAAUGGAGAAUAUGGCCGAACUAGUAUUCCAGCUGCUUUUGUUAGGGCCCCACCAGCCCUCAUAAAAAUGGAAAUGCCGAGCGAGCGUCCCAUUAGCACUAGCCAUUUCAUUGGCCCACCAGCUCUCUCCCCUGGUGUUGCCCCUCUCCUUGUGCCACGACCGAAAUUCUGCCGUCCAGCCAAACAGCACAUCUGCACUACGUGUGGGAAGAACUUCUCCUCUGCCAGUGCCCUGCAGAUUCACGAACGGACCCAUACCGGUGAGAAGCCAUUUGCCUGCACCAUCUGUGGGAGAGCCUUCACAACGAAAGGAAACCUGAAAGUCCAUGUAGGAACUCACAUGUGGAAUAACUCUGCCAGGCGGGGAAGAAGGCUUUCAAUUGAUAACCCCAUGGCUCUGCUGGGGAAUGAUCCCAAGAAGGUAUCUGAAAUGUUUCCAAAGGAUAUAAUGCCUCCUUCAGUGAGCAUUGACCCCACAGUAUGGAAUCAGUAUGCAGCGGUACUCAGCAAUGGCAUAGCAAUGAAGACUAACGAGAUCUCGGUGAUCCAGAGCGGUGGCUUACCUACCCUUCCAGUCACCAUUGGGGGUGGUUCGGCAAUAAAUACUGCUACGGUUUCCAAAAUAGAUGGGACCCAGUCUGGGACUGGUUCUGAUACGGAGAAGGCCAGUGGUGCUGCUGCAGACAACGUGCCAAAACAUCAGUUCCCUCAUUUCAUGGAGGAGAACAAAAUUGCUGUUAGCUAGAAACUCUAGUGAAGUUGACGUACAAAAAGAACAAAGAUAUAUAUACACAAACAUAUAUUUUUAAGAGAUUCCACUUCAGCCUCCUAUUUUCCUAUUGAUGUGCAAAUGAUUUUAUGGUUGUCUUUGUAAGAGUUGCCCAGAGUACAAUCAUGAUAUUGCUUUGCAAAUAGUAAAUAAUAAAGAAUAGGAUUUCCUUCUAUUUGGAAAGAUGCGGGUCUUGCAAAGUAGUUCUUAUGUGUGACUUUAAUGUGUACAGCCUUACAGAAGUUUCUACAACUUGAAAUUCCAAAGGUUAGAAUAUUUACCUCUUUGUUUAGAGUGGAAUACUUGGGGGUUUUGAAUAGAGUGGAAACAACCUACUGUUGAUGGAAAAGCUUAUAUUUACUGAUGAGAAAUGAAAACUAUUAAUGCGGGUAAAUAUCCUAGAAUGUCUGCCACCCUCUUAGAAGUAGUUUUUCUGUUUGGAUUUUUGGCUCUGUGUGGUUUCUGAAUGUACUUUUUACUAUAAUGGCUAUAAGAACUACAAAGUCUUUUUUUUUUUUAAAUUCCUUUUUUGCCUCAGAAGUUCUAUGAAAGGAAGUUGCUGUUUUUCUUUAAUCACUGCUUCUAAGGAAUUGAUUCUCUGUAUUGUUGACUGCUGCUUAUUUAAUACUACUACUAGGACAGUUCUCCAAGUGUAGUGCCAAAACUCCUACUUCCAAAGAUGUGCAGUUUUUCCUAGAUGUUUUAUUUCAAUACCAAGAGCCCCAAACAAACAUGGGUGGGUAUGUAUAUACUUUUUUUUUCCUCUCUUGAAAGGGAAGACUUGCCUUGGGAAGUCAGGUCUAAAAGCUCUGCAAGGAAUCUCAGGUGACUGUUGCAAUUAGGCAUGGGAACUGGUUUCCUUCGCAAGAGAUUUCUUUUUUUUAUUUUUAUUUUUUAAUUUGGGUAAUUUAGAAGAUCAGUCUGUGUAAACCUGUAUUUAAAUAUGAAGUAUUCAUGCUUAGGUUAAAUGUUUUGUGGGUUUUUUGGAUGGCAUUCCUACUCUGGUCAUUAAGUUUCUUGGUGGUCUGUGAACUUGCAUUCUGCCAAAAUGGUAAUUAAUGAUCCAUGUGUAUUGUAUGAAGGUUGCUGGGAUGGUCAUCUGGAUUCUAAGUUAUCUACCUCAUUUUUUUUCCUUUUGUAGAUGUAGUGUCUAUUUUUCUAUUAAUGACCACUGUAAUGAACUGAGAUUCAAGCAGAUGCUUCCAUGCACUAUCUGAAACCAAAACCUGAUGUAUUAGUGGAAGCACCUGAAGACUUUACUGGACUGACCUUUCACUAUUCCUCUAACGUCUGCUGGAACUAUGUGUAAUGGGAUCUAAACCAGACUGGAAACUGAGCAUUUGGUAUGGAAGGACUGAACAAUGGAAAGAAGUCUUUUGACUGCAGGAAAUCAAGUCCAGUCUCUGUUGUGGAAGGCCCCAAAAAUGCAGAUUACCAAAAGUUUGUGUAAUGUUGUUGCACCUGAUUCUUGCUUAUGAUCUCUGUAUGCCGAGUUGUGCCUUUCCUGCUGGACUUGUAAGUAAGAACAUACCAGUACCUGUUUACACUGUAAGAUGGAUAUUGUUACAUAGAACAUGCAAAAGGCAUCCCAAUUGUCAAGUUUUCUGCAUUGUGAAUGUAUGACUUUUAAGAACUCUGUAGUUUUGAGUAUCUACUGAUGCGUUUCUGUUGACAUUUUGAGAAUAAAUUUUGGGAUGGCUUUUUCACA